AUGUCCAGGACUUGCGCAGCAUGUAAUAAAACCGUUUACCCAACUGAGGAGCUUCGGUGUUUAGAAAAGCUUUGGCAUAAAUCUUGCUUUCGAUGUCAAGAAUGUAACAAGGUCCUUACAGUUCAAAACUUUAAAGGCUUUGGCGGAAAGCCCUAUUGUUACGCUCACUAUCCGCAUUUGAAAUCUUGUGGUGAAGUCACAAAUACUCCAGAAAUGCAACAAGUCGCUUUGAACACAAAAAAUAUGAGCAAGGUUAGUUCAAUUCCCUUUUGUGAAAUUUUUCUACUUUUUUCUCAUAAGCUCCACUUCCAGGCAGUCUACAACUACGAAGCUGCAGAAGACGACGAAGUAAGUUUCAUAGAAGGCGAUGAGAUUCUCCAUGGUGAACCGAUCGAUGAAGGAUGGAUGUUCGGCACAGUUCGAAGAACUGGGCAAUUUGGAAUGCUUCCGUCCAACUACGUCGUUCCUAUUCAAACUACAAGCCUAAGAAACUAA